AUGGCCGAGCCAUCCUGGCAGGAGCUCCUCCGCCUCAGACUAUCAGAGCGAAAUGCUAAACAAAACGCUUUCGCAUCCAUAAUCGAGCAAUACCGCAGACUCGCUCAACAGACCAAGCUCCUCAAAGAGCGUAAUGCAUCUCUCCUCAAAGCCGUCGGCUCUGUUCGCGCAAACCCAAGUAGCUCGACAGUUCAUGUACCAGGGACAGCAACGAACGAAGACAACCCUGUACGCGCAGCGUACAUGGCCUCGCUCGAAUCCCAGAUUUCCUCUCUCCGCGAUGAGCUUGCGACCGUCUACAAGACCCAGGGUCAGAACGCUCAACGCCUACUAGCCAUGAACGAGACUCUUCGCGAGAAGGAAGAAGCCUCGCGUAUCGAGUCUGAGAACCUUCGCAAAGCGCGCGAAGAAGUCGCCCAUCUGCGCAGGAAGGUUGAUCAGCACUCAGAGCUCAUGGCUGAGAAAGAUCGCACUGCUCAGGUUCUUCAUGACGAGAUCAACACGCUCCAACUUGAACUCGGCCAGAUCGAGGAGCGGAAUCAGAUACUAACAAAGGAUAAUGCUAAACUCCUCCAACGCUGGCUUGAUGAUAAGCAGGCACAAGCGAACAAGAUGAACGAGGCGAAUGAUUUCUAUGAGGAUAUGCGUUCGCGGCAUCAGGCUGUGCUCAACUGGCGUGAUGGUGGAGAGGGAAAACCAGCAUCAGGUAACGCUUCAGUGUCGGGAAAUGGGGUGAGGGAGGGGGAGGCAGCGGGGGAGACUCUGACGGAUGGCACGAGGUUGCAGGGGGAGACGAGCUCGGAUCAGACUCCGAAUGGUUGA